AUGGCUGAUGAGAUGGGAGAGGCAAUGGCUGAAGAGGACAAUGCAGAUGAAUCGAGGCAGAGCAAAAGAAUGAGAAAUUCUACACUCAAUGAAGAACCUUCCAUGAACCCACAUAAUAUCCAUGUCCAGCCUCCGAUUACCUCAGUCAAUAAUCCUCCUCCUAUGGAUACCAACAUCACAUAUGAGAUGAUGAACAAUGGAUUGGGAGCUGUGCCAUCUGAACCCACAAAUGAUUAUGAAGGUGUUGCUCAGAUUUUCUCAUCUGUGUCAAGCAGUAGUAAUCUUAGUGGUCUGCAGCUAUCUGGAAGUCUAGGAGGCAAUCUUUUCAUCCUCUUCAAUUUGAAGCAGUUGGAUGUGAGCAAUAAUCAGAUAGCUGGAGAAGUUCCUGCACGUCUACCUCCCAAUUCCACUCAUAUGUACAUCCAAAUGAAUGAAUUCAGUGGAGUAGUCCCGAAAGAGUUGUUUAACAUACCAAUUCUUAGAUUGGAAGCAAAUAUUUUUACAGAUGGGAAGCCGUUAAUUAUUCCGGGAGAUAGGGAUAACUUCACAGGCUCCUCCCCAAACACAAGCUCAAAAAAAACCACUUCAUCCUUGUUUGUGGGACUUAUUUCAGCUGGGGUUGCAGUAUUCUUAGUAGUAUUAUGCCUAUGUGUGUGGUUCUAUAUCAAGUCACGUAGACUUGGGGAUAAUGCAAAGCUAGCCUAUAAACAUCCAAAGUGGCCCUAGUCAUAGCUUACAUUAGUUGGGUUUAUAAGUUCUAAUUCUAUUAUACCUCAUGGUUUGU